AUGGACAAUAAAUUGCCGCUGGCUGCUUUGGAAAAGAUCACAAAGGAGACAAAUAUCUUGAUGGAGCAGUACAACAAGUCUGUGGAGGCCCUUAAAACCUCCUACGAUGACGCGCAUAAGCUCCGGAAAGAGUUUUUGGUGACGGGCAUUGAAUUUACAAAAAUAAUAGAGAACGGGAGCAAAACAGAAGAAAAAAUAGUAGAGUCGUACACAAAAUACAAAAAACUGCUGGAAGACAGAGCAAACCUUUCCAAGGCUCUUCUAUCAGAGAUCAACACAGUUCUUGUCUCUGUAGAUGAGCAGCUUCUUCUUCUAGAUUCGCCGUACGAGCCUAAGUUUGGAAUUCAAACACAAAAUCCUCGGGUUUUCAAGACAAAUAAAAGCAAUCCCAACCGAAAUGCAAAUUCAGAGGAUGCGCCGGUAUCAGGAGGGAGCUAUUGCAUAUGCAAUGGGCCUGCGUACGGAGACAUGGUGGCAUGCGAUGCCUUCCACAUGGAAAUACCUUGGUACCACAUGGAGUGUGUUGGGCUGUCUGGAACACCCCGGGGGCAUUGGCUCUGUCCUAAAUGCAAGCCCUCUGAAUAG